ACAGAUUUAGACUUCAUCUUAGACAGGAAGUUAGACUGACAAUGUACCUAAGGUCAGUCCGCCAUUGACAGCAAUGUCUCUCAUAGUCAUUCAAACAGUUUGAAAGCAAACCGGAAUCAAGGGAACCUAUAGAGAGAGAGAGAGUGAGAGAAAAACAAGAUAAAGGCCUGCUGAGGAACCAUGGAGGAGGACAUCAGGAGAAAAGGGAUGCUUUAUUUUCAUCAGCAACGCUUCGGCAAGAAAUGGAAGAAAGUGUGGUGCGUGGUGGUGGCGGAGGGCAGACGCAGCGUGUCACGGCUGGAGGUGUACGAAAGCAAACAGUCCUCCAUGAAACAGGGCUCCAGCAAACGCAAGCCCGACUACAAGCAGGUGAUCCGUCUGCGAGAAUGCAUCCGCGUAUCAGAAAGUGAGAUGGCUGACUGCCCCAAAGACUGCGCCGCCUUUUUUCUCGAGACCUCAGAAAAACUCUACAUGUUUGCUGCCCCCCAUUCAGAGGUGAAGGGCUGGAUCAAGAGCCUGUGCGAGCAGGCGUUCCCUGACAUCGAGGCUGAACAAAGAUUACAGAGAGAGAGCUGCGUUUAUUCUGAACCUGUGAUCAGUUCUAAUGCCAGAGAAAUGCAGGAGAACUCACUUUAUGACACGGCAGAAAGUGUCCGAGAUUAUCUGGUCAUUGCAGUGAGCACAGAGGCUGCUGUUCGGUGCAGUUUGUAUGGGGAAUAUAUCAUCACUCCACUGCUGGACUGCUUACUCCUGAAGGACGUUAAAACUAGGAAAGUGCUGUUUAAAUGGCCGUACUGUUACGUUAGGAAAUUUGGACAAGACAUGCUGUCUUUUUCCUUUGAGGCUGGUCGCAGAUGCGAGUCCGGCGAGGGGAAUUUCGAGUUUGCAACCCAUCAGGGUGAAAGACUGUUCAAUGUUGUCAGUGCAGCCAUCCAGAAUCUACCCAGACCCUCCACAGGAAAGCCAAUCAGCCCUGACCAUGUAGAACAAAGUAUAGCUCAAGAAACCACAGCCACGGAUGAAACGUACAACUACACCAUGGAUAGUCCAACGUCUGACUUUUUACCCGAGGGGAAAAUGCAGAAACCAUCUAAGCAGUCAUCAAAAUUGCUUAGCCUUUCUUGGAGAAGCUUUUCUUUGAAUGCAAUAGAGCCUCAAAGUGAAAGUCAAGAGAUAAACAUCGACACCGAUCUCGAGAAUCAGGAACCUGUUUACGCCACAGUGUCAAAAGCUCAGCAAAAACCCACUUCCCCUACAGACCCUAAAAUGCAUUGGCAAAACCUGAGAAAAGCUGUCCAGCAGUCUGCAUCUCUCAGAGACCCUUUCAAGACGGAUGCUGACAUUUCGCAGCUGUCUGAUUUCGCGAUCCCCCAGGAAGAGGGUGCAGAAGAGAUGGAGGCUGCAGAAGAUUCGACUGACUUGUUGGGUGAUUCCAUCCAGCAAUUAGCAAUUAAUGACGCAUUACAGAACAUCGGUGCAGAAGUAAUUUAUGAAGAUCCACAGGACUUCCAAGCCAGAGCUGAGUGGGUUGUCGGCACUGUGUACGAAGAACCGGAGGAGGUCAUCAGGGCUAAUCAAAGAGCUCAUGAUGGGGCCGACCACCUAGCCGAGCAUGACUUCUUCUGCAGCCCUGACAUGGGCGCUACACAGGCCAUGGCUGCCCCCUCCAACCCCGUUCAAAGUUCAGAUGAGUUGUUUUCAACUUACGACAACUUCAGGUUAAAGGGAAGGCGAGUGUAACAUAGCAUGUUCAUUCCACAAUCAAACUCAAGGGAGGGAUUAAUGAGUAAUUGUGUACAAAUAUAUAUAUGUUAAAUAUACACAUAAGUGUAAUAUGGCUGUAUAUCGGCGGCAGAGUGGUGUAAGUAAUCACAGCAUGCUGAUAUACAGCCAUAUAGCAUGGCUACGAGUGAGAUACUGCGUUUAUACAACAGAUUGAUGGCACAAUUGUGUAACUACAUAAGAAACAACAACUGAGUGUCUUUAAAAACCCACUUUUGAGCAAAUUACUUUAGUCCACCAUGGAUUCAAAUCUCAGUUUGACAGCUGAGCCCAGGCCUCUUUUACUAAAUCGAAAACAUCAAUUUUAGAACUAGUAACGAAGAAAUGUUGAAUUUCUUUAUUAAAAGCUUAUUGUAGUAUGUAGAGUAUUAUGGACUAAGCGAGUGUGAUUACCUGCAUCUGAUACAGCAUUCAUUUUUCAGCUCAAUCUGCACAAUAAAAUAUUAGUUUGAAUAUCCGCUGAGGAAAACGAUAUCUUUGUCAUACUAUCCUUUCAUCUGUUAAGGGUGAUUUCCGAUGACAGCGCUGCUCAGUGAAUUUGUUGGCUGCUUCUUACAAGGUGUUGUUAAAAUAGUAAAAUAACUUCCUUGUUUACAACCUUGUUUGAGUGUCUUUCAAAAUAAAAGUCUUUCUGCUAACUCACUCAACUUUAAA